AUGAUCCAGGAGAAAGCCUUGAAGUUUGCGUGUGAGUUAGGAUAUUUGGACUUUAAGGCUAGCAAUGGCUGGCUCGCGUCUUUUGUAAAAAGAAACAGCAUUGUAUUUAAGAUUCAGAGUGGUGAGCAGGGUGAAGUCAAGAAAGAUAUUGUAAGAGACUGGAAGGAGAGGCUGCCCACUGUGUGUGCCGGGUACGAACCCAAGGACAUCUUCAAUAUGGAUGAGAGCGGUCUAUUCUUUAGGGAUUCGACCCGGUCGACCUACUUCACCAAGGGUGAAUCGUGCGCCGGCGGCAAGCGAUCAAAGCUUCGCAUCACAAUUGCACUCUGUGCAUCCAUGACAGGCGAGAAGCUGAAGCCGCUCGUCAUUGGAAAGUCACGGAAGCCGCGCUGCUUUGGAUCCAUAGACGUACGGAAGCUACCGGUCCGUUAUGAGGCGAAUCGAAAAGCUUGGAUGACCACCCCUCUGGGACCUUGA